AUGCGUAUCCUUGGAAUCAAUUCUGCCUACCAUGAGUCGGCCGCGUCCUUGAUCAUUGAUGGGCGAGUGGUUGCAGCUGUCGAGGAAGAGCGCUUCUCCAGAGUCAAGCAUGCUAAGCCGGCAAGUGUUGACAAUGCAGAUGAGCUGCCCCUUGAAAGCAUUCGAUACUGCCUCGCAUCUGCCAACAUCAAGCCAGAGGAUCUUGACGCGAUUGCGUACUCGUUCGAUCCGGAGCUGCGAGCGCAGACGUUUAUACUGGAUGACAAAACUGAAGCUGGUGACUGGGGAACGCAAGAAGGCGAGGAUACCUUCCUUGCCCACCUUCGCUUGGUGCCCAAAGCCUUGGCUGCUCACGUUGGUUCGGCAGCCGAGCUGAAGUUCAUGCCGCAUCAUGUUUCUCACGCUGCAUCCACCUUCUAUCCGUCGGGGUAUGAAGACGCUGCUAUCCUCGUUGCCGAUGGCAUUGGAGAGGCCGCAGCCACCUUGCUGGCGCGAGGCGAUAAAAAUGGCAUCACCAUCUUGCGGGAGAUUCCAUUCCCCCAUUCUAUUGGCUUCAUCUGGGAGAAGCUCAGCAAGUAUCUCGGAUUCUCCGAGUACGACGCCUGCAAAACCAUGGGCCUCGCGGCGUAUGGUGACGCAUCCAGGUUCAAAGACGCAUUUCCACAGUUGAUGCGUGUGGAUGAUGUGUCUGGGUACUCUGUCGACAAGCCAACGGCCAACUUUCGCUUGCCAGAUUUUGAUCGGCUGGAGGCUCUAUUUGGGCCUGCUCGCAAGCCCGACACGCCGCUGGAGAAGCAUCACUACGAUGUGGCUGCUGCUCUGCAGGUCGCCACAGACGAGGCUCUUCUCGCGCUUGCGCGGGAACUUCAUCGGACGGUUGGUUCAAAGAACCUGUGCCUUGCAGGAGGCGUUGCCUUGAACUGUGUCACCAACAUGGUCCUCAAAGAAGCUGGACUCUUUGAAAAUGUCUUCAUUCCAUCGGCUCCUCACGACGCAGGCACAGCAAUGGGGGCUGCGCUCGAACUCAAUCAGCGUAUGGGCGGCCCAAUGGGCGUGGCCUCGGACACGCCGUAUCUCGGCCCGGAAUUCGACGAUGACGCAAUUGUCUCGGCAUACGAGGCCGCUGGAUUGUCGCCGAAAGUGUCUGACGCGCCGGCCCGCGACGCUGCUCGCAUGAUUGCCGAAGGCAAGAUUGUUGCUUGGUUUCAGGGCCGGAUGGAAUUUGGACCCCGAGCCCUGGGAAAUCGAUCGCUACUGGCCGAUCCGCGAAGCGCGGCGACGCGUGAGAUGCUUAAUGUCAAGGUGAAGCAUCGCGAGACAUUCCGCCCCUUUGCGCCUAGUGUUUUGGCCGAGCCGGCAGGGCAGUGGUUCGAGCUUGGCGCGUCGUCCCCGAGCUAUGAUUUCAUGCUCUAUGCUUGCCAGGCGACGCCCACACACCGAGAGAAGAUACCGGCCGUCCUGCACGAAGACGGAACGGCGCGCGUGCAGCUGGUCCGUCGCGAGCGGAACCCCCUGUAUUACGAGAUCAUCUCUCACUUCGCAGAGCUGACUGGGGUUCCUAUGUUGCUUAACACGUCCUUCAAUGACAGUGAGCCAAUCGUCUGCACCCCGGCUGAUGCUAUUGCAACAUUCCGAAAGACGCGCAUCGACGCGCUUUUCAUAGGCAAUAGAUUUGUCACCCGGGACAACUAG